GGCUGAAAUAUUUAACUUAAGAAGGGAACAUAUGGUGAAUUCAUAGGUUAAAGAUUUGAUUUACUACAAGUAUUAUUUUGUGAGAAAUCCAGACGACGUUUGAAUGGUCAAAUAAACAAACAAGUCAAAUUUAUUUAUUUAUGGUAAAGAUUAAGAGUGGAAUCAGUGUUGAUUAAUGGCAUCGACAUAUUAAGAAGGGAGGAUUCGGACAAACAACAAAGAAAGAAAACAAACACAGAAAAAAAAAUCAUCAACUCCAAAGAAAAGAAAGAAAAAAGAAACGAGAGAAACUCACAAUGGCAGAUCAACUCACCGAUGAACAGAUCUCUGAAUUCAAGGAAGCCUUCAGCUUGUUCGAUAAGGACGGCGAUGGUUGCAUCACGACCAAGGAGCUUGGAACUGUUAUGCGGUCACUAGGACAGAACCCAACCGAGGCAGAGCUCCAAGACAUGAUCAAUGAAGUAGAUGCCGAUGGCAACGGCACCAUUGACUUCCCCGAGUUUCUAAACCUUAUGGCCAGGAAGAUGAAGGACACUGAUUCUGAGGAGGAGCUGAAGGAGGCAUUCCGCGUCUUUGACAAGGAUCAAAACGGGUUCAUUUCUGCUGCUGAGCUCCGCCACGUGAUGACCAACCUUGGUGAGAAGCUCACUGAUGAAGAAGUCGAUGAGAUGAUCCGCGAGGCUGAUGUUGAUGGUGACGGCCAAAUAAACUAUGAAGAGUUUGUUAAGGUGAUGAUGGCUAAGUAAUCACAAACUCUUCCACCACAAACUGAAUGAAAUAUGGUUAUUUAAAAAGAAAAAAAGAAAAGGCAAAAAGAAAGAUUUAGGACAAGGUUGACUUGUAUAACAGUACACCAAAUCCUAGGCUCCUAGCUCAAUGUCUUGUUUCUUCAUUUUUAUUUGGUUGGUUCUGAGUUCAGCAAUUUAUGACAUUUUUGUGGUAAAUGUGCUGCUAAUGGUUGUGAUGGAAUUGAUGUAUUUGUAGUUUGUUUUGUGACUGUAUCCCACGUUUUAAUGUUUAUUUUCAAGUCGCUUUAGACCACUCCUCAGUUUUGGUGUCUCUAUGGAACUAUGCUCCUUUGUGAAUGCAAUCUUUAAUGCUGAUCAAGGUCAAAUCUCACAUGAC